AUGAAUGCGUCCGAUGCUGACCGUCAGAUUAAACAGAUGGUGAAUUUUAUUCUCCAGGAAGCACAAGAAAAGGCAAAUGAGAUACGCAUUAAGACAGAGCAUGACUUUAACCUGGAAAAGCAAAUGCUCGUACAUAACGCUAAAAUUAAGAUUCAGGAGGAAUACAAACGCAAGGAAAAGGAGCGUGAGAUAAACAAGCGCAUUGCUCGUUCAGCCGAGAUUGGUGCCUCUCGACGAAAGAAAAUGAUUGCUCGUGAUGAGUUGCUAAAGACGUUGAUUGUCGAGGGUCAAGUCCAGUUGAAGAAGUACACGACCUCUGAUGACAAGAACAAGGUGCUGUUGCGUGAUCUUAUCGUGCAGGGCCUGAUCAAGCUGUUUGAGACAGAUGUCGUAGUCGCGGUUCGUGCCGAGGAUAUGCAUCUCGCAGAAAUGGUGGUAAACGAGGCCACGGAGAAGUACAUUGCUAUCAUGAAGGAGGAGGCCAACUUGGAUGUGAGCAAGGUCAAGGUGACACUUAACAAGGUCGCUGAUGGCAUGUUGUCGGCCGCCAAGGCCGGUGGCGUGGUGCUGUAUGCCAAACAGGGCAAAAUUGUGUGUGACAACACGCUGGACACGCGCCUGGACCAGAUUUACUACGAUCUAAAGCCAACGGUGCGCAAGAUGUUGUUUUCGGCUUCGUAG